GUUCUCUCUCUCAGAGAGGCAGAGGCCUUUGUAGCCUAACCCUAUCCAUAGCUCCCCUAUUAUACAAUUCUGGGUUUUAUUGCAAGAUUACAUAUUCAUCAUGGCUCUUCAUGGAUCCAGUUUCUGCUUAAAUGGAAAUCUUUCGUUUAGGGAGUUAAAAAGCUUGCCAUGUGCCUGUUAUAGUUCUGGGAUGCUACAUCAUCUGUCUUUACCAUCAAGGAAAUACAAUUUGGUUGUAGCAAAUACUCAUGAAAGGGGGCAUAGAUUUGAACUUUUGCCUGGAGGUGGUCAUUUACGAAGUGCACAAUCCACGUCCUCUUGUCCCGCCUUUGGUUUGCGAUCAUUAAAACCAUGCAGUGCAAAAUGUGAUGACUCAGAGGAUAGCUCUGAUGCCGAAAAUAUCAUUUUGGAUGCAGAAACCUUAAAACGGGAUUUAGAUAUUGCCGUAGCAGAAGAGAACUAUGCUAAAGCAGCAGAAAUUAGGGAUAGACUCAGACUUCUUCGCAAAGAUAGUAUGACUUCUGUUUUAGCAGCAAAUGCUAGAUUUUACGAGUCAUUUAGAAUAGGGGAUCUGGCUACAAUGCAAUCUCUUUGGGCUAAACGGGAUGAAGUAUGCUGUGUACACCCUGGUGCACGUGGGAUAUAUGGUUAUGAAGAUGUUAUGACUAGUUGGGACUACGUAUGGGCGAACUAUGAAUUUCCACUGCAGAUCGAGGUGAAGGAUGUUAAUGCUAAUGUUAGAGGGGAUAUGGGGUUUGUUUCUUGUGUGGAAUUGGUUAAGACAAGAGGUAGCAGUUGGGGAGGACAGUUUGUAACAAAUAUUUUCGAGAGAAUUGAUGAUCAAUGGUUUAUAUCUGUACAUCAUGCUUCGCCGAUAGACUUGUGAAGAUGCAGAUCGACUUGGUACGUAUUUGAUGUAUGAGUUCCCUCUCAUUGCCAUUUUUGUCCGUUUGCUUGGCGAUCUUUUAACCGUUAUGCACUAUUCUUUACCACAAAUGAAAUGCAGAUUUGUCAAAUUAUAUUUCUUUACCAUUCUACUGCAGCUU